GAAUUUACAAUGGGUUGAAACAUGUUAAAAGAUUACGCAUACAGUUAUGCAAUGCCACCCCUACUCUCUAUUUCACUUCGCUUCUUAUCAAAUCUCACCCUUAUGCAAUGUAUUAUGCCACAAAAGUUGGGAUUCUAACGGGCAUCAGGCUAAACCCAACUGCACGCAUUUGAAGAUUCAAAAUUAGUGUCUUGCGCGAGCCGUUGAAAUUAAGUCUAGCCCAUAAACAUGAAAAUCCAACCUCAAGGAACCCUCCUUGCAGCCAAUUGACCUCCUUGACACCCAUAUAAGAGAAGCGAGGAAGGGAGAGAAGGGCGUGCGAGACCGAGAGGAUGCCUUUGGGGAAGUACUACUGCGACUACUGCGACAAGCAAUUCCAGGACACGCCCUCCGCCCGGAGGCGCCACCUUCAGGGCCUCCAGCACCAGCGCGCCCGUGCCCUCUGGUAUGACUCCUUCAAAGCGGAGGCACAUGGUGGCGGGCCUCUUCUUCAACCCGAUGGGAGCUUGGCCAAAGGAGUCUGCCAUCAUUUCGUUCGCACGGGAACCUGCAAGUAUGGAGAUGCAUGUAAAUAUUUUCAUCCAAAGCGAGAUGGUGCAAAUCCAACUCCAGCAGUAUCCGGGUUGAAUUUUGUUGAGACAGUACAAUCACCUAAUUUUUUGGGUAAUCGAAUUCUGUCAGGGGACAUGGUCUUAGAUCACACAGGAGUUUCAUGGGGCAAGUUACCUCCAUCACUGAGACCACCUCCAGAGAGGGGUUAUUCACCUCUUGCCUUUGUGGACUGGGGAUAAAUCUCGUUGAAAUCUCAAGAAGCCUGUGGCCAACUUCAUAGUGUGCAUGUACAUGAAGAAUUGAAUCCACGACAAGUGAACCCUUAUACCGAAGGGCAUAUGCUCAAAACAUUCAUGAAGUUUAUUAACUUGUAAUUUUAAGUGAUCUUGUCAUGACUUGCUGGAAUUCCAUAAUGAUAAUAUUAUCAACAGGGUUAUGUCCAUAUUUAUGUUUUCUGUUGAUAGUGCUGAUUCUUGUUCAGAACUUCAGAAAAAAAUAUUUGCGGAAUGAAGCAAGCAACAAUUAUUAGAAGUAUGGAGGCGCCGGGACAUUUUAAAGAAAUGAUAAUGAGAGUUGAUGAAGAUUUUAUUAUUCAUUUCCUACGAUGUUUUUUUGUAGCCAAUAAUCUCCUUCAAUGCUAAUGAAGACACUGUUAUCUGCUCUUUUAUUUUUUGAAUAUGAUGAUCCUUUUUCUGUUUGGCACGGAACAUGGCAACGGUUAAAAAUUUAACCAGGAAGGAGGAGCAGCCGAAGAAAUAGAAAGCAAAUGUCAGGUGAAAACAA